ACCAAACACAUUUCAACAUUGACAGCAGAUAUGUGAUUAACUUGUUAAUCUUAAUGGCUAAAUGUCAUGUUCACAAAUCCAAAUGUUUAGGAAGACAUCCCUCUUUUUAUGUAUUUUCCUAUGAGCUUGUGCAAUAUCUUAAUUCAAUUAAGAACUCUACUAAUCCAAAAGUUAUAAAAACUAUGGUUGUGUGUAAAAGAAAUGAAGAUCCUUCAAUCAUUCUUUGCUUUAAUCAGUUAAUCUUUUCCCCCUAGCAGGUUCCCCCUGUAGGUUCUGAAUAAUGUUUAUUUGUUUGUUUAUUGUAUACAAUUUUUUGUAAGCAUAACACCUUUAAUAUAGUACUGUUUAAUUCUAGUUUGUAUUGUGCUGAUGUUUGAAUAAAGGUUUGUUAAAAAAAAGAAAGAAGACGAAGAAGCAGGGGGAGGAGACGAAGAAGAAGGGGUGUGCGUACUGUGCUCUUUGCUGUGUCUUUCCACCGUUUUAAAAAUGGGCACUUUUUGAAGAACCCGUUUCAAAGUAUUGUGGAGAAGCGUCGUGUUAAAUCUAAUCGAUGAACGGCUUUUUGUCAGUUCUGACGAGGACAGCUGAGUGAUGUUGUUGGUGAGCUUGGAUUAAAUCAUCUCUAAACAAAGAACUUGUCCUCGUGGUGACUGACUUGGGGAGUGGAGGUCAGUGAGCCCAUUGUCUCUGCUGGUCCGACUCCAGACCAGCUCGCCCCUCCUGAGUCUGAGAGGAGAUCCAGAGAGAAAGAAGUGAAAGCAGGCCGAAAACUCAGCACAUGGAUGAUAUCAGCCAAAAACAUCCAGCACUAGCAAGUAAAGAUGAGCCAGCGGCGAUCCCUGUGGAAAAGACUUGUCCCGCUAUGAAGCAGCCCAGAAGACGCAAGCGCGCCAACAGGGAGGACAGAAGCUUGAGCUGUGAUCAGUGUGGGAAGACCUUUACUCAGCUCGGUAGCUUAAAAUCACAUCAGCUUAUCCACACCGGUGUGAAACCAUUCAGCUGUGAUCAGUGUGGGAAGACCUUUACUCAGCUCAGUAGCUUGAAAACACAUCAGCUGAUCCACACCGGUGUGAAACCAUUCAGCUGUGAUCAGUGUGGGAAGACCUUUAUUCAUAGCUGGAGCUUAAAAACACAUCAGGUCGUCCACACGAAAUUUAAAGCUUUCAACUGUGAUCAGUGUGGAAAGUCUUUUACUCAGAAAGGUCACUUAAAGAGACAUUAUAUGAUCCAUGUUGGAGGUAAAUCAUUUGUCUGUGAUCAGUGUGGAAAGUCUUUUCAGGAUAGAGAUCACUUAGAGAAACAUCAGGGCGUCCACAGUGAAGUUAAACCUUUCAGCUGUGAUCAGUGUGGAAAUUCUUUUACUGGGAUUGAUAGGUUAAAAAGACAUCAGCGCAUCCACAAUGGAGAGAAACCUUUCAGCUGUGAUCAGUGUGGAAAGUCUUUUACUCAGAUGUGUAAUUUAAAAGCACAUCAGCGCAUCCACAAUGGAGAGAAGUCUUUCAGCUGUGAGCAGUGUGGAAAAUCUUUUACUGAUAUUGGUUACCUAAAAAGACAUCAGCUCAUCCACUCUGUUACUAAACAAUUUGUAUGUGGUGACUGUGGAAAAUCUUUUAUUGAUAUUGGUCACCUAAAAAGACAUCAGCUCAUCCACUCUGGUACUAAACAAUUUGUAUGUGGUCACUGUGGAAAGGCUUUUUCUCGCAUGACUAGCUUAAACUCACAUCAGCUCAUCCACUCUGGAGUUAAAUCAUUUGUAUGUGGUCAGUGUGGAAAGUCUUUCAUCCAUAAUACAGAACUACUGAGGCAUCAAAAGACCCACAAAGUGUCCUCCUGUGAGAAAAGGACAAAAAGACAUCAGCUCAUCCAUCGUGGAGAUAAACCUUUCAACUGUGAACAGUCUUUUACUCUGAGAUGCAGCUUAAAAAAACAUCAGCUGAUCCACACCGGUGUGAAACCAUUCAGCUGUGAUCAGUGUGGGAUGUCUUUUACUCGGAUUGCUAGCUUGAAAUCACAUCAGCUGAUCCACAGCGGUGUGAAACCAUUCAGCUGUGAUCAGUGUGGAAAGACCUUUACUCAUAGAUCCAGCUUAAAAAAACAUCAGCUGAUCCACACCGGUGUGAAACCAUUCAGCUGUGAUCAGUGUGGAAAGUCUUUUACUCGGAGAUGCGUGUUAAAACAACAUCAGGUCAUCCACACGAAAUUUAAAGCUUUCAACUGUGAUCAGUGUGGAAAGACCUUUACUCAGAGAUGCAGCUUAAAACGACAUCAGGUCGUCCACUCUGGUACUAAACAAUUUGUAUGUGGUGACUGUGGAAAGUCUUUCUUCCAUAACAAAAAUCUGUUGAAGCAUCAAAAGACCCACAAAGUGUCCUCCUGUGAGAAAAGGGGCAGACCAAUGGGACAUUACCCUGUCAGGGUUCAUUUGAACACAGUGGGAGAAACAGGGGAUCUGAACAAAAGUUCUUCUGGAUGCUGCGUCAAACUUAAAAAGCUUGAGAUCAGGCUUCACAGAAUUCAGCUUUAAUUUCCUGAGAAAGUCAGAGCUUCACUAUGUCUUUGUAGAUCUAGUGAAAACAUGAAAGGGUGCAAAAAGAGGCACUGUGGUACUGCAUGAUGAAGUCAGAAGUGACAGAGAAGUAUGUGAGCGUGGUUCAGGACAUGUAUGUGUGGUAGCAGUGACUACCACACAUACUUGGGUUGAAGGUGGGGGGAGGAUUACAUCAAUUCUGAGUCCCUUCUUUCUUUUUCAAAGCGAGGGCAAUACUCAGGAAAGGAUGAUGACAAUAGAGCUGCAAGACUGGAUGGAAAGAAAAAGAGUUUAAAAGAAGAUCAUGAAUGUUGUGAAGCGAUUGAGCCGCGAUAGCAAAAUCUUAGCUUAUGGAGUUAGUUAUCCCAAUACAAGUUUAGCAAGUUACACUUUACUGGCUGCGUCCACAAACAGCAUACAGAGCAAACAUUACUCCAUCAUCUGAUCACAAGAAAAGCAAAAUGUCAGAAGAGUUCACUUUCUGGGUCAAACUGUCAGACCUGUUACUGUUUAUUUGGCUGUUCAUCGUGAGGUCAUUAUCAGUGUCAGUGCUGUGCCACUUCUAUUGUAACUCACAUGAAAUGUGUUUUAAAUGGGCUCUAUUAUCUUACAAUAUUGUGUGCAGUGUUGGUCAAGUUACUUGAAAAAAGUAAUCAGUAACUAAUUACUGAUUACUUAAAA